AUGCCCUGCGUCCAGGCUCAGUACGGCUCGUCUCCGCAGGGUGCGAGUCCCGCCUCGCAGAGCUACAGCUACCAUGCCAGCGGCGAGUACAGCUGCGACUUUCUCACGCCCGAAUUUGUCAAAUUCAGUAUGGACCUGACCAACACCGAAAUCACAGCCGCCACAACUUCUCUACCCAGCUUCAGCACCUUUGUGGACAGCUAUAACCCCGGUUACGACGUCAAACCUCCGCCGUGCCUCUACCAGGUGCCGCCUGCACACGCCCCAGAUCAGCCGUCGAUUAAAGUAGAAGAUGUGCCCGCGAUGCACGGGUACCAUCACCAUCACCACCCGCAUCAUCAUCAGCAGCAACCGCAGGGCCACCUUGGCCCACAGUCCGAGGACGUCAUGGCGCACUCAGGUUCUGUCUACUUCAAACCGAGCACUUCGCCUCACGGACCAGGAACCGGCCCUAAUUUCCAAAUGCAGCCGAGCCACGUGUGGGAGGACGCGGGGUCACUGCACGCCUUCCACCAGAACUACGUGGCGGCGGCCUCACACGCCAUGGAGCAGCGCAAAAACCCCGUGUCUCGCCUCUCGCUCUUCUCGUUUAAGCAGUCACCCCCCGGGACGCCGGUAUCCAGUUGCCAGAUGCGCUUCGACGGUCCGCUGCAUGUGACCAUGAGCCACGAUGGUCCCGGUGCGCACCGGGGACUGGACGGCCAGAGUUUUGCGUUGCCCGUGCGCAAACAGGCGGGAGUCGCAUUCCCGCAUUCGCUGCAGCUCGGACACGGACACCAGCUGCUCGAUGCGCAGAUGCCCUCUCCACCGUCCAGGGGGUCUCCGUCCAACGAGGGCAUGUGCGCGGUGUGCGGUGACAACGCUGCGUGCCAGCAUUACGGAGUGCGCACAUGCGAGGGGUGCAAAGGCUUUUUUAAGCGCACAGUACAAAAAAAUGCUAAAUACGUGUGUCUGGCGAACAAAAACUGUCCUGUUGAUAAGCGCCGGAGAAACAGGUGUCAGUACUGCCGCUUCCAAAAGUGCCUUGUUGUCGGGAUGGUUAAAGAAGUUGUUCGGACUGCAAGUCUGAAGGGCCGGAGAGGCAGAUUACCUUCCAAACCCAAAAGCCCUCCUGAUGCCACCGUUCCAUCACCACCAGUCAGCUUACUGAGUGCUCUGGUUAGGGCUCAUGUGGACUCCAACCCCAACAUGUCCAACCUGGACUACUCAAGAUUCCAUGCGGGAUCAGACUACCAGUUGGGUGGAGACGAUACGCAGCAUGUGCAGCAGUUCUACGAUCUACUGACGGGAUCGAUGGAGAUCAUCCGCGGGUGGGCAGAAAAGAUCCCCGGGUUCACCGAUCUGUCUAAACAGGACCAGGACCUGCUGUUCGAGUCCGCCUUUCUAGAGCUGUUCGUCCUGCGACUCGCAUACAGGUCGAGUCCCAUGGAGGGGAAGCUGAUCUUCUGUAACGGGGUGGUGCUACAUCGGCUCCAGUGUGUUCGUGGUUUUGGCGAGUGGAUCGACGCCAUCGUGGACUUUUCCUCCAACCUACAGAGCAUGAACGUGGACAUCUCAGCUUUCUCCUGCAUCGCAGCUCUCGCCAUGGUCACAGAGAGACACGGACUCAAAGAACCGAAGAAGGUAGAAGAGCUCCAAAACAAGAUAGUAAACUGUCUGAAGGACCAAGUGGCGUUUAACGGAGCCGCACUGAACCGCCCCAACUACCUGUCCAAACUGCUGGGCAAACUACCGGAGCUGCGCACGCUGUGUACACAGGGCCUGCAGCGCAUCUUCUACCUGAAACUGGAAGACCUGGUGCCCCCUCCUGCAAUAAUCGACAAACUUUUCCUCGAUACGCUGCCCUUCUAA